UUCUUUACUGCAUUGCAUGACGACGCCAUCAGCUCGAACGUCGACGAAGAGGAUCUCCGGAGCCUUUGGACAACAUUUCGCUACAACCCAACAAAACAAAGAUCAAAACUGCAGAUUCCUUCUCGCGGAAUUUUUAAUCAGUGAUUCGUUUAUCAAAGCGACGUUCUCUUAACCGUGUUUUUACCGACUACGUCCGAACAAAGGUUUUGAUCUUCGACCGGCCUGCUUGUUGCAGAAUACAGAACAAUGGCGAAGGGAGAAGGCUCACACUCAGAAAUGGCCACCGCUCGUCAGAGUGACGGCAUCAGUGUCAUCUUCGACCACAAAAGCCCUGCUUCGUCUCGUUCACGCUCCCGAAGCAGCGGGGACUCUCCUGGCCACCACAGGGUGCGCAGCAGCCAUAAGACACGUCAAAGGUCGUCAUCAUCUUCUUCAGUGUCAUCCUCAUCCAGCUGCAAGUUGUCAUCCCGCCCCAGGUCCCGCUCUCAUCCUCGCUGCCACAGAUGUUCCUCCCGCUGUCGCUGCGACAGCCGCCCCAGACAUGGCCGUCAUAGAGGCUCCCUGCCACGCCACAUCAGAGCCGACUCUAAAUCUUACAAGCCGUCAUCCUCGCAGGACAGGUACUCUAGUAGAAGUAAUUACAGGUCCCAUUCCAAGUCUACUAGCCACAGGCAUAGAAACAGGAAAACUGAGGGCCAGGAUAGAAAUAAAAUUUCCAGAUCCCCAGACAGAAGCCACAGGAACCAAUCCAGAACUUCAAGACACUCUGUCAGUCAGACUAUGGAUGAUAAGAGGGAACUCAGCACUGAAAAGACCAACACAAUGCAGAUCCUCGCAGUGGAGAAGGCAGAUCUUCCAGAAAGUGUGAAACCAGACCUGUCAGAGCAGUUGGUGGAGUCCGAAGAAUCAUCAGAUUCAGAAACUUGGGUGAGACAACACCCCAAAAAGACUGUGUCCCAGAGCAGUGAUGAAGAGCCUGAUGACAUUUCCAACCCAAAGCUGUCCCCUUUAAGAAAAAGCAUCUCUUUCAGCAUUAAUAAUUCUGUGGCCAAACCAACAGCAGCAGCUCUAUCCUGUGCUAAGGUGACUCCCAGAGUCGACAGCUAUGAAAGCAGGAAGCCCUACGGCCACUGGAUUCCAGUCAGAGCGGGCAAAUUCACCAAAGCAAGCAAACACAAACUCACUAAGUCGCACUAGUGUGACAAGAUUAUAUGGACCCUGUAAAUACUGUAAAUGUGUUGUACAUACGCUCAUUUCAUCGUCGACUUUUUUUCAGAUGAGUUAAAUGGGAAGAAGUGAGGAGUACGGUACAGGUGGGAUUAUCUUUUGCCCUUUGUCGUGUAUUAAGCUGUGAACAGACUUAAUAAAGAUGUGUAUUUGAUCAUAAAA